GGGCUUCCACGGAGCAUCGGCUGUUGUCAGCAAAGAAGGUUCCGGAAGCCGCGUCCGGCUUGGAUGGUGGAUGUUGAUCGGGUCGGUGCGGCGAGGAGCUGGGCGGCUGUCGCGGAGCUGGCGAGGCAGUCAUGCCCAGCUCUCUGUUGUGGGCUGUGGAUGUCCACGGCAGCGUGUACACUCUCUCUACAGCCAGCCAGUACUGGGAGCUGUGCAAAGAUGCAAGUUUAGAAUUCAAGAGACUGGCAGCUGGCAAGCAGUGCUGUUGGGGAAUUGCAUGCGACCAACAAAUCUACGUCUAUGUCCAUGCAAACGAAGUUCCCAUCCGAUACCAAGAAGAGACCUAUGAAAAUCAGCGCUGGAAUCCUGUGGAUGGUUUCAGUGAUCAUCUGCUCCCCAGUGACCGCUGGCAGUGGAGUGAUGUUACAGGACUAAAGCAUCAGCCGAUCAAAGAAUUUAAACUUGCAACACAACAUUGGGAGUGGGAGUCCAAUUGGUACGUGGAUGAAAAUAUUGGAGGAGAGCCAACAGAAAAAGGGGGUUGGACUUACGCAAUUGAUUUUCCAGCCACUUACACAAAAAGCAAGCGGUGGAACUCUUGUGUCCGCCGACGCCGAUGGAUCCGUUACAGAAGGUACAAGUCCUGCAACACCUGGGCGAAGAUUCCCUCGCAAAAUUUGGGACCGCUACCAGAUCCCUUUCAUGAUAUUGCUAUAGGAGGAUGGGAAAUUACUGAUGAACCUUUCGGACAUCUUUCAGUCUGGGCAGUGACUGUGCAGGGGAAGGUAUUUUACAGAGAAAAUGUAACUGAUCAGAAUCCUGAGGGUUUGUCAUGGACUGAAAUCCUGACUCUUGGGGAAGUAGUUCAGAUUGCCUGUGGACCGUGUGACCUAGUGUGUGCCGUGCUAUGGGAAGGUCAGCUAAUGAUGAGGAAAGGAAUAAACAGAGAUAACCCUAAAGGGAAUUCUUGGGAGAUUGUUGAGCCACAAAACUCUGGAAAUGGUUUUGUCCAGGUCUCGGUGGGUGUCAACGUGCUCUGGGCCGUUACACGGGACAGAAAGGUCUGGUUUCGAAGAGGUGUCUGUUCUGAGAACCCUGUUGGGGCAGGUUGGAUUUGCAUGAAUGUUGAGAUGGUGAUGGUGAACAUAGGAUUAAAUGACCAGGUCUGGGGAAUCGGGUCUGACGACCGCAGUAUCUAUUUUCGACAAGGUGUGACACCAACCGAAUACAGUGGAAAGGCUUGGAAAGUCAUAAUGGCAAACCGAGAUCAGGACCGAUCAUCCUGUGCAAGCAGUGCCAUCAGUCUUGUGAGUGCUGGGUGCUUCUUUGGUGAUGAGGUUAGAUUACCACCCCAGGCCUCCAUCGCCAACGAUGCUGACUUUUCUUUGGAAAUGGAGGGGAUUGCAAAAGAAACUGAAAACAUUGUUGAAACAAUUGAGAGAGUACCAUGUUCCAACAACAAUGCGGACGGAGAUGGAGAUGUCGCCUCUUGCUGUCCUGUCGCCGAGUCUAAAUGUGAUACUGUGACGAGCGUGUUUGAGAACAUCUCAUUAAACGAAGGACCCUCAGUAAAGUGCGAUCAGACUGGUCUUGAACCAAGUGCUGCCCGGUCCUGGCUGUCGGACGGCCAGCAGUCCCCGCAGGAUGGUGCUGAAUUGGACACUGCUCCCUCCGGGUCAAGCCCAGUCAACUUGGACUUGGCCGAGACGUCCAGCAUUUCGUCAGCGGCUGUCUACCCGUUUGGAAUUGAAGAGCACUAUGUGUCUGAAGAGCACCCGCUGUGGGCCUGGCUCAGUGGAGGAGGAUGCGACAUAGAUGCCCACACCCAGCUGAACUGGUUCAAUGUCCAGUCAGGGCUGAAUUUCUCCAUACAAUCGCACUCGAUGCCCAACAGUUGUCCCCAGCAAACGGUUUGGCGGAAGCAGAUUGUUCAGCAGCUAAUCGAGCGGUCCAAGCGAGAAGUGGACGAUUUCAAACAUUACGAGCAGGCUGUGGAGCAGUCCGUGUGGAUAAAGAAGGGAAUGAUGAAGUGGUGGAGAGAUGGGAAGCCGUACAAAUGGACAGAUGUUAAAGUCGCACUGGAACAGUUUACAGGGAACGAUGGGAAGCGGGACGGAAUAUUUUUCAUAUACUACACGUACAAUGAUGUGAAAAAGUAUCUUCACCUCUUUUUAAAUGAAGUUACAAUUUUAGUUCCGAUUGCUAAUGAAGCAAAACACUCCUUUGCAAUUUACACUCCAGAAAGGACGAAACAAAGGUGGCCAAUCAGGUUGUCAACGGCUACUGAACAAGAAAUGUACGACUGGCUUGCUGUCUUGAGCCUAGCAUGUUGUGACAGCAGUGAGAUUCACGGACCCCCAUCUCAUCAGGCCCUUUGGUCCAUCACGUGCAAAGGAGAUGUCUUUGUCAGUGAGCCUAGCCCAAGUCUGGAAGCCACACAACAUCCUAUGCCAAGUGACCAAUUGUAUUGGCGGCAAAUUGGAGGACACCUACGCAUAGUUGAGUGCAACAGUCAAGGAAUUGUGUGGGGCAUUGGAUAUGAUCACACAGCCUGGGUUUAUACUGGUGGCUACGGAGGUGGUUUCUUUCAAGGACUGGCUGGGAGUACGGAUAAUAUUUAUACUCAGUCAGAUGUGAUGUGUGUUUACAUUUAUGAAAACCAGCGUUGGAACCCUCUCACCGGAUACAGCAGCAGAGGCCUGCCGACUGACAGGUACAUGUGGAGCGAUGCAUCAGGUCUGCAAGAGUGCACCAAGGCACACACAAAGCCUCCUUCACAAUGGACAUGGGUGACUGACUGGUACAUCGAUUUCCAUGCACCUGGCGGGACUGAUCGCAACGGGUGGCAGUUCGCAGCUGACUUCCCUGCCUCGUACCAUGGAUACAAGACCAUGAAAGACUUUGUGAGGCGGAGACGAUGGGCAAGAAAGUGCAAAACUGUCACGACGGGUCCAUGGUUCGAGGUUGAACCGAUAGCUCUGCGGGACCUCUCGCUGAUUCCAUCUGUGCCUCGGGGCACGAGUGACCAAGUCGCCUUGUGGGCUAUUAGCAGCAAAGGGGAUGUCUUGUGUAGGACGGGAGUAACAAAGCAAAAUGCCAUGGGAACUUCAUGGCUGCAUAUUGGUACAGACCAGCCAUUCGUGUCUAUCUCAGUCGGAGGACACUACCAGGUGUGGGGAAUUGCCAGGGAUGGAUCAACUUUCUACCGGGGUUCAGUUACCCCACAAAACUCUACAGGUGACUGCUGGUACCACAUACCUCCGCCUCCCAAACAGAAGCUAGUCCAGGUGUCUGUGGGAAGGACGUCGGUGUGUGCAGUGGAUGAAAACGGUAAUUUGUGGUUUCGUCAGGGUAUUUCUCCAAGUUACCCUCAAGGAUCGGUCUGGCAACAUGUUUCUACAAAUGUUCGUAAGGUUUCUGUUGGUCCUCUUGAUCAGGUUUGGAUAAUCGCCGAUAAGGUUCAAGGCAGUCACAGCUUGAGUUGCGGAACAGUUUGUCAUCGGCUUGGUGUCCAGCCACAAGAACCCAUUGGUGGCUCUUGGGACUAUGGCAUUGGAGGUGGCUGGGAUCACAUUACAGUCAGAGCCAACUCGAUGGACCCUUCACACAGUAGUGUUCCCAAAGCAGCCGACAAUGAACCGGUGAAUUUGACUACCCAGAAUGGAAGCACGGCCACUAAAUCUAAAAACAUUUUAUCAGUCGAACAGCAGGAACUCAAUCAGACUGCUGUCAAAUGCUGAUGGUUUGUGUCACGAUGUCGCAUGUUCUGUUUUCCGUGGUGAUUGGUCCGGGCAAUGACUGAUCUUGCCCAGGCUGGCCACUACAUCCACAGUGAGUAGAGUUGUAGUGUUAGCUGUGUUUGCUGUUAUUCUGCACUUUGGGGCAGCAAACUGUCUGUCACCAAUUGAAAUCCAGUAACAAGAAUGUAGCGCACUUGGUUUAAACUGUAUGGUCACUGACAUAUCCACAUCCAGCACAGUGCUGGUUCUCACUCCAGUGCAGCGUAGACCAGUGAGUAAUGUGUCGGUAAUCCAGUCUGUUGUCAGCAUGGAAGGCCCAAUUUUAACAUUAAUCCCAGCUCCGCAGUGGUGCCUGUUCACACGUCUGUAUGAGGAUGAAAGAAAUCACAAGCAUGGCCUAAUUCCCAGUGAAACAAUGGAACUGGUUCCUGGGGGGGAAGGCUGGUGGAAACAGCAGGUCAGGCAGCAUUGUUGGAGAGAGAAAUGGUUAACGUUAUGGCGUGAAACGUUAUUCCUCUCUCAAUUAGCAGACCAUCUCACAAAUAUAGGAGAACUAAUAGCCCAUGAUGGUUUGCCUAAAGUUGAAUCUUUCUCAUUACUGCCAAUCUUUGACAGCACUCUGAGGAGCAGGCAAGUACUGGGGAUUCUGACAGGGAUCAGUAUAAGGUCAGGUAUCCAGUGUUAUGGAUGGUAGUAGCAUCAAGUACUAUCUCAUGCUUCCAGCCGACCACAAAAGUGAGGAUGCUUGAUAAGUGCAUUAACUACUGAAUGAUGCAAUGUGACAUUACGUUCAUAUCGGCACCAAUAUUAUUGUUGUGUUUGUCUACAAUGUUCAGCACAGAGACACUUGGCCCAACUGGUCUAUCCAUUGCUUAUGCUCCAGACAAGCUUUGAUCACACUCUUGGUUAUUCCCUGCAGGGUUUUCCAAUGCUUCCCUCCCACACUGCCCCCAUAUUGUUCCCCCCUCUUACUCCGGUGGGAGUAAUUAUCACAUACUGACUACUAUCCAAAUAGAAUAUUAUUGGUGGCUGCCUUUUCUUAAAGCCUUUGGUUUCCCCGUUAUCUAGCCUGUUUUUUAUUGAAUCGCCAGUUCUGAGAAAAUACCUGCCAUACUUGAAGAUAUUUCUUAUGGUGAUGGAUCAGUGCUUGCUUAUAACGCCGCUGUGUUGGCAUUCCUCCAACCUCUUCCCCCCCCCCCCCCCCCCCCCCCCCUCCCCCGCUUUACACCCAGACCUGCACAGAUGUACUUUUCCAUUCUCUCCAACUUGCAGCGUGCUAGAAUCACCCCAGAUUGUGCAGGAAUAUUAUCCUUGAGUGUGCAAUUGGAGCACUUGUGAGGCAGAGGAUUUCCAGUAAUGUUCAGAAAGGUGUAAUGCAACAGUUGGAGAAGUGAAGUGCCAUUAACGUCUGGGGGAGCUAGAUUCCAUAUAGAUCUAUUUGGGCUUUGUUUUAUUAAUGGUUGAAGCAUUUUCUUUUGCACACAUUGCCUUGUGGUAUCAAAGUACCUAGGCACAUCAAGUUACAGAGGAUGAGAGCAGUGUGGUAGGAACAACCUGUCCUCUUGAACCACUGACCCAUAAACAGCAUUCAAAUCUACUUUGGAAGCUUUGAAGAUAUUUUCAUCUGAGGAUUUCAGCUCACAGAAAUGACUCCUCUUUCCUGCUUCAGUUCGACAGCUCCUGUUCAGACCUACUGUAUGCCCACUCCUCCCCACCCAAAAUGGUGUUAGACAUUGUUCCUAUGUUGAACAUUAUUCCAUGUUGCAGCACACAGCAAUAGGAUUUAAACCUUUUACACCUAAUUUGAAUAAAUUUCUGUCAUGGUGAAUGUUUUCAUCACAUGGUGUGGUAUUAUUGGAAGCGGCUACAGAGGUAACUGACACAAGAUACCUGAUGCUGAGUCAUGAAUAAUGGCUAAAACAUUUUCAUAAACUUGUGCUUCCCUUGAAGCUGAGGUUUAGCCUUUCCGUGGCUUUAUGUGAGUCUCCAUCACGGUCUUACCAGCCAGGCCUCAUAAAAAGAUUUUUGUAAAAUGGAUCACCUCACACUUCACUUCAAUGUCACGGGAAAAGUUGGUUUGGGGAGGGGGUGGGGCGGUGGGGAGUCCGGCCUUGAAAGUACCAAGAAUGACCAAUAACAUCAUCUCUUUAAGCCACUUGAUCGACGCGAUUCUCACUGUUGUCAUGCCAUAGUAAGAUGGAGCUGGCAUGUUUUUUUUAAUGGAUAUUACGUUGAAGUGGAAGCUGGGGAGGCACCAAAGAAAGAGAGGCUUUGUUCAUGGAGUUAACUAAGGAAGGAUAGGAAGGAGGUUAGUAUGGAGCAUCAGCAAUGUGAUAGACUUUUUGAGCUGAAUGGUAUGUGUGUGUGUAUGCUGUACAUUCUUUGUGAAGCAAACUUCAGGGAAUUUGGAGAACUGGAGAAUUAAAUUAUUUAGGACCUGAUAUUUGAAAAUCAUGUUAGAAAAUCAUGUUAGGACGUUUAUUUUCAAUGUCUGUGCUGUUUGAUUGAAUUAAUUAUUGGUGUUGUACAUUAUUCAUUUUAUUUGUGAUGUAUAGAUAUUUUUUCUUCACCGUAUUAAGGAAAAGGUGGGUAGUCUUCUUUAAAAAGGAUGAGAGAAACAUGAGGGCCAGUAUUGCUCACCCUUGCUGCUGCUUUCAGUUCACAUACAGUAUUUGUUCCCUUGGCGGUAAAUGAAUUGUCCUUUAUUGUUCUGUGUUCUUGUGAAGGGGCUAUUUUACAGUAUUUGGAGUGUAUAAAUGAAGUCAAUAAACUGGAAACAUUUGUGAUCCAA